AAUUUUUAUGGAGCCACGCCAAAGAACAUGAAAUGUAGAAACUCAACAGUAUCGGAUUAUAAAGAAAAAAUGAAUAAAAGUAUAUGUGAAAUAUACAAAAAAAGGUACCUAAUCGUAUAUGUAUAUUUCGUGAUUUAUAAUAUUUUUUAUUAAUGUAUGUACGAAUUUAGAAUAAAAUUUAUCUUUUAAAAAAAAUUGAUCAUUUCUAGAAAAAGAAUUGGUUGAGGAGAGGGUCCAAAGUUGUGUUACGCACCCUUUAUUAUUAUUUUUAGUGUCAAAGCUGAUCUAUAUCCUCUGCAUUAAUCGCGCUUAUUCUCACAGAUGUCUAUGAAUUUUAAACGCUUUUUUCUAAUUCUUUCUUUCUAUUUCUUCUUUUUGGCUUUCUUUCUUUGCAAUUUUAGAAAUUCUACUCCCUCAAAAAUUGUCAACAAAUUGUUGAGUCCCUCUUUCUUUGGCUUUCCUUCUUAACUUAUCAAGAAAAAGGUAUAAUUUCAACCCCUAUUUUCCACCAAAAUUAUCAUUUUUCUCUUUUUGUUAAUUUUAAUCAGUUCUUGAAUCUGUUAUCGAAGAUUGACAUUUUCUAUUGAAGAUGAUUAGAAUCCAAAUGUUAAUGAUUCCCUAAUUCUUCAAUUGCCUGAAAAUUUUGUUCUGCUUUGCUUCUUCGCGUAAUGUUUGAACAAUACAAUAGUUUCACAACCCAACGCCCGAACUCAUCAAUUUCCAAUUCUCUUAGAAAAGGAAUUUUCACUUUCUUUUUUUCCCCAUGAGGUGAAAAAACAUAUGAAAAUGCGAUACGUCUAAGGUGGUGUUUGUUUUUUCUUUGUCGUUCCACCUGAGUUCUGUUUCUGAAUAAUGGCAAUGGUGUUUAGAAUGUAUAGCUCUAGGAUGUAUAGAUUAAUAUCGAAUUCUCAUAAAAGGACAUUAUAGAAUAUCUUAUUUCUUGUUGAAAGGAAAAAAAUGUUUCUUUUUCUCAUUGAUUCUCGUAGGAUUACUUCUGGAGUUUGGUGGCAUCUUAUGUUUCCCUUUCUUAUUUGUAUAAUAGGUGGGGAUGUCAUAAAUUAUUUCUAUUAUUUAACUUAGGUUUAUAUAAGAAGUAUGAUUUGGCAUUCCUUUGCUUUACCAGUUAAAAGAAUGUUUCUCCUGUUAAGUACUUUGUAGAGCUUCUCUUUAUAUUUAUUAAUUUCCUCCUUGUAAAAGAAACACAUUGGGUUAAGAUCAUAGUAUUAAUAGUUUGAAAAACGUUUUCCAGCAAGUUAAUGACAUGCAUGCAGAGUAGAUUUUUCUUUUUUCUAUUUGCCAUAAGUAAAGUGGCAUAGAUUUUUCGAAAUUCUAGGGAAGAAAACUAUUUGGAUGCAUCAGUUCUUUGGUUUCAAUAUCAUGAUUUCCAGCCAUAUACCAGUUCCUAAUUGUCCACAUUUCCCAGUUAGGCUCACCGAUCAAAUUGUAUCAAUUAUUACCAAGUUUUGUUGGACACAUUUCCCACCAAGCAAGAUAUAUUCUGUUAAAUUUACUGAAUCGUGUGGUCAAAAUAGAGCUAGAUUUAUAAUCAAUCUCUAAUUUGGAAGUAUUAAAUAGGUGACAGGAGUACCAGAGCAGUUUGAGGAACAGUCAGAUGGAGGGAGAAAUGCAAGCCGCAGAAUAAGAUGCCACACUGGUGAGGUUGAGGUUUCAAUCAAAGGUCUCUGCUUAUCAUCAGUUUUCUAUCGGUAAGUGCUCUUGUUUAACAGUUCGGAAACAUAGAGAAAACAAGCAUGUGUGAUGCUUUCCUAAACCUCUCUGUUUUUCAUAAUAUAUCUGCAGCGGUGAUAGUUUCAUUGCUCUAGCUCAAAAUGGGUGAGAUGGUUGUUGGCAUACCUGCACGUCUGGAGAAAAUUGAGCGUGAAGUUGGCUUUUCGAGAAGGAACUCAACUGGCAGCUUGGGUAUUCAAAUUGCUAAAUCCAAGGUCUUGUCCCGUUAUCUGAGUGAUCCAAAAGGUUCUUGCCAUGACGCUUGCAAAGGUGUGGAACGUGAUCUUCAAGAAACAAAAGCAAGGACUUCGCUGCUGAGAAGAUCUACUAUAGCAGCAUCAGAAAAAACCCAAGAGCUGGCUACAACUAUGAAGUUGCAGAUAAGGAAGAAACCACUAAGAUCAAGUAAGCUAGCUGUAAAUUUCAAGAGGCGUACAACUGGUAAAGCCCAGAGACAGGAGAAUCCAGCAUACACCAAAAGAUUAGCUAUUUCUGUAAAUCAACAAAAUGAUUUGAAGUUGAAGCCUUUGCAAGAAAAUGCUUAUUCUAUGUCAAGAAGCUAUAAGCUGAGGAGAAGAGGAUACAGUGACAUUAUCAUACCAGGGGGGUCACCAUUUGCUCGGGAUUCUCCGUUGGAUGGUGCAACCAGCACACCAAACAAAGGAAGCCGGAUGGACAAGAACGCUGGAUCUUCUAAGUUGAGCAACAAGAAGGCUGUUGGGAAACCUGCAAACUUGGAGAAAAUUAAGAAUGAAGUCGGGUAUUUGAGAAGGAACUCAACUGGAAACUUAGGUAAUGAAAUGGGUGACUCCAAGGUCUUGUCACGUCAUGUAAGUGUUCCAACAGGUUCUUGGCUUGAUGCUAGCAAAGAUGGUGUGGAAUGCAACUUUAAAACAAUGGCAAGGACUCACAUGUCCACAAGAUCUUUAACAUCAGGAGAAAAUUCAAAACUGGCUACAACUGUGAAGUGGCAGAUAUGGAGAACAACUAAAUUACCUGCAAAUCUCAGAAGGCUGACAACUUCACACGAAGAGGAAAUGCAAGCAUGCGCCAAAACAUUGGCUGUUUCUGCAAGUCAUCGAAGAGAUUCGAAGCUGCAGCCUCUGGAAGAAAAUGCUUAUUCGGUGUCAAGCAACAAAAGCAGAAGAAGAUACAGUGACGUUCUUAUAACAGGGGGUUCGGCAAUUCUUCAGGGGUCUCUAUUGGAUGAUGCAACCAGCAAACCAAACACAGGAAGCAAGAUGGAUAAGGACACUGGAUCUUAUGAGUUCAGCAAGAAAAAGGAUGCUGGUGUUCCUGCGAACCUGGACAAAGUUGGGCCUGAAGUCAGCUAUUUGAGAAGGAACUCAACUGGCAGCUUAGGUAUUGAAAUAGGUGAAUCCAAGAUCUUGCCAUGUUUACUGAGUGUUCCAACAGGUUCUCGCCAAGAAGUUUGCAAAUACCCAGUAGAAAGUGAUCUUAAAACAAAGACGAGGACUCUCCAGCCCACGAGACCUGUAACAACAUCAGGAGAAGUCCCAGAAAUGGCUACAACUGUGAUGUUGCAGAUAGGGAAGAAACCAUUAAGCUCAAGUAAGCUACCAAAAUUAAAGAGCCGGUCAACUUUUCGAGCCCAGGGACAGGAAAUACCAGCAUCCACAACUAUUUCCCACUCUACAAGAUUUUCUGUGAAGAGGGUAUCAGGCAAAAAGCCAAAUAAUGAUUCCCCAAGAAUAGUAUCUCAACGUAAUAAGCGGACUAGCCUUCCAAGUAAAACGGACAAAGAGAGUCAUGAAAAUGAUCCAAACAAGGUAUCUCAACUUAAUAAUUUGACUAGCCUUGCACGAAUGAAGAUAGAGCAACCAAGUAAUGAAAACUUUCCAAACAAGGCAUCUCGACUUAGAAAAUGGGCUAGUCUUAAACGAGGCAAGAUGGAGCAAGGAAGUCAUGGAAGUGUUCCAAAGGAAACAUUGCACAUCAGAGAAUCCAAGACUAAAAGCCAGACAAUAAAGCUCUCCCAGGAAACUCGAAUGGCCAGAGUCUCCUCCUUUGAUAGACAUGGCCCAGAAAGAGGGAAGAGACCAUCACCCCUUCUCUCCCCAUCCUCCUCUCUACAAUCGGAUGGCAGUAUCACCAGAAACCUUGGCAACAGGAAAUCUUCACUACAUGGCCCAAAAAGAGGGAAGAGAUCGUCACCCCUUCUCUCCCCAUCCCCUUCUCUGCACUCGGAUGGCAGUAGCUGCAGAAACCUUGGCAACAGGAAAUCUUCCCUAUCAUCAAUUUCUGCAUGUGAGUCUUUUGAUGACGAUGCAACAGUCAGCAAUUCCAGAAAAAGUGGAACCACAGGCCAAAGCAAAGAUAUAAAAGCUGCAAAAACUGCAAUUUGCAGUCCUAAAAACCUCAAGUUCAGGAGAGGAAAAAUAAUCGAUUUUCAGUCUGAGAAAGUCAGUCCAAGGAGAUUAAAAUUCAGGCCAGUCAAAAUACUAGAUUACAACGAAAAUGGAAGUGCUUAUGCUAGAGGAAGAAGCUCUCGGAGACUUUAUGCUAAUGGAAAGUCAAAUGCUGCUAAAGAUGAAAAUAUGAAAGUUAAUCUUCGACACCAAGCUAGGGGAAACAAAAGAGAGGCUCCAACAUUGUUCAACAAUGUGAUCGAAGAGACUGCAACCAAACUUGUUGAGACCAGGAGAAGCAAGGUCAAGGCUUUGGUGGGUGCUUUUGAAACCAUAAUCUCCCUUCAGGAUUCAAGAUCCUCACCACCAAUUAUUUGGAGAUGAUAACUACGUGCUUUGACAGAAGGAACUUGUAUAUAUUAAUAGCUAAAUUGAGUUGCGUAACUGAAGCAGUAGGUGCAGGAUGUCAAGCACCAUCUGUCUGAUUAUAUAUACUUUCUAAUUGAUUCUAUAUACUUUGCAAAAGUCGUUGCGACAAUCACUUUAGGUAGCAGGAAGAAUAUAUCAUUCAAAGUUGAUUUAAAAGCCAGCUGAUGAGUGCUUAAGACAAGCCAACAACAACUACAUCUCAGUCCAGUUGGGCAAAUUUAUCUGAAGUUUCUACAAUAGCUUUGUAAAGGGUGAUAUAUUCUCAUAAUUUGUGUGUAAAACAGAACAGUGUCAGGCCUGAAAUUUUCAUAAGGUAAACCUCCCAUUGACAAAACAGUCCGAAAACAAAUUGGCAAAUGAAGCUCAAUAACCUAGAAGAACCGUAGGAAAACACUUAAUUCUUCCUUAAACCAGCUUUAAACACUUUAAAUAUGUCAUCUUCAGUGACAGGUCUAACCUGUUAGUAUGAAAAUUUAAAAGCUUUUAAACACAUUAAUAAUCAGCAGGCAAGAAAGUGGAAAAAAUAGAAGGGGGAAAAAAGAGCUUCGCUAAUUAGUUACAGAAUUUUUUGCAGAAAAUUUAGAUGUAAAACAAUAACAUAUGCAAAGCAACGUGAA